AUGUUCAAGAUGACCGGUUCCAAGCCUGAGCAGCCCGACAACCCGCCUAAGCACGGGCUGUACAUCGGGGCCAUCAACCCCUUUGCGCUGUGCGAGGCGGUGCUGGGCCGCAAGCUGAGCUGGACCGACCCGGCCACGACGCGGCUGGUAUCGAGCAUCCUGCAGACCGACUACGAGGAGCUGUUCGACAUGCGGUUCAAGUCGAUCCUGUACGCCGGCAUCCGGCUCAGCGAGAGCGGCGACAAGGCCGAGCCGAUCCCGGCCAAGGACAUGCACACGCUCGAGCCGCGCGACCUCGUUACCCCGGACUUUUCCCGCGUGGAGAAGCUCGGCGACCUCGACCGGGUCGGGCUCAAGGACCUCGACAAGAUCAAGGUCAAGCACGCCGUCAUGUCCAACGGCAACCUGCGGCUGACGCUCGAGCCCGAGUCGCUGGGCAAGACGGUGUGCAACUCCGAGAUGACGUGGAUCCUGCGCGAGCUGUGCACCCCGUUCCGCAUCAAGCCCAAGGAGGAGUGGAUCCCCCCCAACGGUUCCUGGACUGAAAUCAGCUACUGCAACCGCCAGCAGGCCACCAUGUUCAGCAACCCCGUGCAGGGCGCAAUCAGCAACAGCUGGUUCAUGGCCGCCCUCAUGAGCGUCGCCUGGGCCGACCCGACCGUCAUCAAGCACUGCACGGGACCCCGGCGAUCCAAGUCUUCGUCGUCGUCCUCUUCUUCUGAGGAUUGCUCCCUGUCGGUCAAGUUCUACAGCAAGGGCGGCGACAAGGACGCCUCGACCGCCACCGUCACCGUCAACUGCGAGCUGCCCACCAACAACUCAUCCUCGAUGCUCAUGUACUGCCGGCCUAGCGGCAUGAGCACCUGGACGGCCCACUACUCCACGCACUCGUACAUGAUGCAGUCUACCACCUGGAAUGCCGAGCUGUGGGCGCCCCUCUACGAGAAGGCCUUCGCCGCCUGGCUGACCUCCUCUUCCUCCGAAGAAUCCCAUGAUCCGGAGUCUUCCUCCGCAGCCGCCGCCCGCGACAGCGACGCCUCGCACCACUGGCACCAGCACCCGGACCUGACGCAGACCUCGCACGGCGACCCGGUCAAGGCCAUGUGCCAGCUGACCGACAAGGACCCGCAGUACUUCCAGACGUCGCACCGGCGCGGCGCCGACCUGCUCUCGCUCGUCCGCACGCAUUGCUUCAAUCAGCGCACCAUCUACCCGAUGGUGGCCUGGACGCGCCCCUCGGACUCCAAGUUCCGCGGCUGCACGCUCGUGGGCAACAUGGCCUACUCCGUGCUGGGCUGGGCGGCGCCGCAGGAGCGCAAGCAGUACAUUGUCCUGCGCCACCCCUGGGGCGUCACCGAGCCCGAGGGCAUGACGAGCUAUCCGGGCGUGGUGUCUCGUGUGGAGGCCGAGUUUUGGCCGCCUAUUGAGCUGGUCGAUCGCAAGGGUGUGUUUGCCAUUGAGACGGAACCGUUCAAGGAGUACUUUGCUGGUGUGGGCGUUGCCAAGUGA